GCUGUCUUCUCCACGCUGUUUAGCAGAAGGUGCAGCCUGUGAGUUUUUUACUAUUUUUUCUUGCUCCGUAUAAUUUAAAACAUGGAGAAAAAGGGCGGAAAUCCCACCGGGAAGAAACUUAAAACCAUGAAGAUGACAGACGGCACCGACCCCGUCAAAAACUUCGAGAAAUGGAAGAAAAAAUACAACAAGACGAAAGCACACGUGAAGCGAGACAGAGCGGCUCAGAAGAAGCCCGAGUGGAAGGUCGAACGGGAGUACAUCGACAAGCUCGUCAGCAGGUACGGCAACAUUAACGCCAAGGAGGCGGUCAAGUUCUCAGACUUCCCCAUCUCAAAGAAGACCUUGCUAGGUUUGCAGGGGGUUCAGUACAGACAGCCCACGGAGAUCCAGAGACAGACCAUCGGCUUCGCUCUGCUCGGUAAAGACGUCCUCGGCGCGGCCAAGACCGGCUCCGGGAAGACUUUAGCCUUCCUAAUACCGGUGCUGGAGUGUCUGUAUCGCCAUCAGUGGACCUCCAUGGACGGCCUCGGUGCUCUCAUCAUAUCCCCCACCAGAGAGCUCGCCUACCAGACUUUCCAAGUGCUCUGCAAGGUGGGCAAGAACCACGAGUUCUCCGCGGGGCUCAUCAUCGGCGGGAAGGACCUCGAGAGCGAGUCGGAGAAGAUCCACCGCACCAACAUAGUCAUCUGCACGCCGGGCCGGCUGCUCCAGCACAUGGACGAGACGGCCACCUUCCACGCCUCCGACCUCCACAUGCUAGUUCUGGACGAGGCGGACCGCAUCCUGGACAUGGGUUUCGCGGACACGCUCAACGCCAUCGUGGAGAACCUGCCCAAGUCACGGCAGACGCUGCUGUUCUCCGCCACGCAGACCAAGUCGGUCAAAGACCUGGCGCGGCUCAGCCUCAAGGACCCGGAGUACGUGUGGGUUCACGAGAAGGCCAAGUUCAGCACGCCGGCCACCCUGGAGCAGAGCUACGUGGUGUGCGAGCUCCACCAGAAGGUCAACAUGCUCUACUCCUUCAUCAGGAGCCACCUGAGGAAGAAGAUCAUCGUCUUCUUCGCCUGCUGCAAAGAGGUGCAGUACCUGUUCCGGGUCCUCUGCCGCCUCAGACCCGGCAUGCCGAUCCUGGCGUUGCACGGCAAGCAGCAGCAGAUGAAGAGAGUGGAGGUCUACAACGACUUCCUCCGGAAGCAGAACGCGGUGCUGUUUGCCACCGACAUCGCCGCCAGGGGCCUGGACUUCCCCACAGUCAGCUGGGUGCUGCAGUUCGACUGUCCGGAGGACGCGGACACCUACAUCCACCGGGUGGGCCGGACCGCCAGGUACAAGGAGGGCGGGGAGGCGCUGCUGCUGCUGCUCCCCUCCGAGGAGGUGGGCAUGGUCGGCCAGCUGCAAGAGAAGAAGGUCCCCAUCAAUAAGAUCCAGGUGAACCCAGACAAGCAGCAGAAUGUCCAGCAGAAGCUGGAGGCCUUUCUGGCCCAGGAGAAGGAGCAGAAGGAGAGGGCUCAGAGGUGCUUCGUCUCAUACCUGCGCUCCAUCUACCUGAUGAAGAACAAGGAGGUGUUCGACGUCUUUAAGCUCCAGAUCCAGGAGUACGCCGUUUCUCUGGGCCUCGCCGUGGCUCCGAGGGUGCGCUUCUUGAGCAAAGCUCAGGCACAGAGAGGCAAGAAAGAGGGGCGGAGAGAGGAGGAGCAGUCUGAAGGGGAGGAAGAGCUGAGGAGCUUCAAGGCCCAGCUGAGAGGAAGUGUUCCUCAGGAGGAAAGUCGGAGCUCAGAGUCAGAAGAUUUAGGCGAUGACGAGGAAAGUGGUAACGAAGGAGAGGGACUGCAUCUCGGUACAGAUGACGAAAGUGACGACGAUCUGAGAGACUUGGACCUGCUGACGGUCAAAAGAAAGGAUGUCUUCAACCUGACGGGGGAUGCGGAGAGUUCCGAGGAGGUCUCCGAAAAGCCCCCGGAAAAAGAGACAAAGUUCAAAGAAGCCAAAAGGGCGCUUAAGAGAAACUUCCAACUCAACACCAAAGUGGCGUUCAGCGAAGAAGGGCAGGCCGUGCAGCUGUGGCCUCCGGUCCAACGGGCAGUGACCGAAGCAGAGGAGGAUGAGGAGGAGGGGGCUUCUGGUAUCAACAUGGAGAAGGCCAGGGAGAGGCUGAAACGUGAGGACCAGGCGUUCGACAAGCAGGAGUACAGCCGCAAGGUGAAAGCCAAACACAGAGAGCAGCGGCUGAAGGCGAAGAUGGCCAGGAGGGAGGCCAGCAAGCAGCACGGACGCAAAUCGGAUGACGACGAGGAGGACGAGGUGGUGGCGUACCUCGCCAACCACAGCGAAGACGAGUUUGACCCCAGCACUCUGCCGGACCCUGACAAACUGCACUCCGGAGAGGAGAUGACUGCAGCCAAACGGCAGCACGGUGACGAGGAGGAGGAGCUCACAGCGGGGAAGAGGAAGAAAGCGAGUCGACAGAACGAUGAGCUCAAAGCUCUGGACACCGGUCUCUCUCUGGCUGAGGACGAGCAGUUAGUCCUGCAUCUGCUAGGACAGAGCUAGAGCAGACGGGGGAUUUAUAAACAGUACGAACUCGGUUAAUCAAGUUCUAACAACAAAGAAAACAAGAAAACAGAAGUCUCAGAGUGCGAGUUGUGUUCACAUUUGAAGAGUGACGAAGUUAAAGGUUUCGUGUUGCACAUCCAUAACGUCGGAGGACUCUUUAAGAGACGUGUAGUGAAGCAUCCGAGGCUGACCUUUAGUCCAUAGUAUGGGUCAAGUUCCUACAACUCCCACAAUGCAACCAGUGCCAUCUUUUCAAUUAAGCAUCCUGAAGACUUGGCUUCAAAUCUUUCCGGUCUGUGAAAUGAAAUAUACCCGACUAUAUAAGCAACAAUCAAAAGUUAUUUAACAUCUUUACAGGUGCAACAGACAGGAUUCAGGGCAUUUAUAUAUUACAUAUAUAUAUACAACUAUUACUGUAAAGCUGUCUGACUGAGCAGAGGAUGGAGUCUCCCUCUGUGUGUAGUGCUUGUGUAUCUGCAUGUUGGUUAGUGAGCGUGCUGCUCUGCAGCUGAUGUCGCCCUUAACGACAGCGUCGUCAUGGAAGCGUGGCGCCCCCCCCCUCAGGUAUACUGUUGGCUCUGUUUGCACAGUUAGCUGCUAGCCGACAGGCUUAGCACUCACCAUAUUGAGGCAAUAUAAAAUGCUACCAAUCUCGUAUAUUUAGCACCUUUCAAGUAUUACGCUUCACUCUAAUGGGCUUCAUCAGGACUGUGUUGCUCAGCUUCACCUGAGUUUGUCUACAUUCCACAACUCCAACCUUCAUUAUACCAACAUUUGUAAACCCAAGCUAAACAUAUGAAGUUAUUCUAUUAAAUCAUUUGUAUUGCUCAUGUACGUGUUCAGUUUACUGUUUUGAAAUGGGAUUUGAGCAUUCAUUAGAGCUGCCGUCAUGUUUUUGUGGACAUUUGUAGGAUUAGAAGUGAUGUAGUUAAUGGUGUCAUAAGUCAAGAGGUUCAAACCCCACCUCCACUCACCUGACCAAUCGCUGCUUAAAGUGGCCGGUCGGCAGUGCGGUCCUCACCAGGGGGGGGUGUCAUAAAACUAAAUAAAUAGAUGGUAAUAUUACAUAAAUAAAGGAACAUGAAUGUUUUAGCUAUAUCACUACUGAAAAAGAGGAGACGGCAUGAAUGAAGACAUUGAAGUGUAGUGCAACAACAAGAGCAGGGUGUGGAUGUAGUGGAUCAAAGGCCACUUCACCCACUCUGAGCUCAGCUGUGUGUGAACUGAGCUGAUGAUUCUGAGUGAAAUGACGAAAGUAAAUUACCAAAUUUAAAAUGUGAUUAUGGCCAUUCCUUCAACUCAAACUAGCAAACAUAUUCUGAAAACUAAAAAAUAAAUUAUAAUGAACUUCAAAAGUCAAAUACAAAUAGAAAAUUCUCCAGCCGAUUAAAUGAUUCAGACAGUUUUAAGUAAAGUGACUGAUCCUGAAGAAAGUAGUAAACAUUUUAACAUCAACACAUUCAUUUUUAUACUACCCUUUGUUAAUGUGCAGCCUGUGGAGUUUCACAAUGAAAACGGCUUCUUUUGACCAUGUUUCAUAGAUUGAAUGUUAUAAAAGCUAUGUGACGGCAGAGGCCUGUUGGCAGUUUACAACAAAGCAGAUCAAUAAAUAAACCAGCACAAAGGAUGAUAAAAGAUAAUGAAAACACCAGAAUGACCAGAUGGCCCUACGUCACAAGUGAGUGUUCGGAGUCUUUAGGGAAAUUAUGUUUUGUGCUCCAAAUUUCUUAAUUAUUUAUUUUUUCAUCAAAGGUGUUCUUGAAGUUUUGAUGUAUGAUUUGAUGAUCUGUUCUAUUCUCCAGGUUUCUAAAAACCACUAACUAUGUGAAGGUUUGCUUUCUGAUCCACCCAUCAACACAUCUCAGUUGUUAGAAAAGUGUCUCUUCCGUUAUCAUCAAGAGCACAGUCAUCAGCUCAUCACACAAUGUAUCCAUGAGGACCAGAGCUCCCAGUGGUGUACCUUUAGAGGUGUGAAGCUGUGUGUAGGACACGUGUCUCCUGCAGGUGGCAGUAGAGGGACUCGUACAGGCCUGGUUGCCCUUCCUCUUCCUCAGAUAUUUCAACGCUCAAAAGUUCCUCCAUCUACAGCAGCUAUGAACUGAGUAAACUGGAGCCAAAAGUCCCAACAAAAGGAAACGUUUCAAGGUGUAAUACUCACUAACUCUGUAUUUCUAUUUGGACACAUUCUGUGUUACUGAAGAAAAGCACACAUCGUGACAGUAAAUCUAAACACCUCAUGCUUUCCAUAUAGUGUGAUAAUCAGGCUUCAUGCAGGUCUUUCCUCCCAGUCCUAUCAGGAGGUCCUGCUCAGGAGGUCCUGCUGUAAAUUAAACAACCAAAGACAGCAACAGUCAGGAUGUGAUAAAGUCCACUUCUUUUAAUGGUCAAAUAAUAAACAGCUCAACAUUCAGCUUAGAACUCAACUAAUCUUUUUCAACACUGUGCCUAGAACACUUCAGCGCCAUCUUUUUAAAUCAGAACCAGGAGUGCUUUAGACACCAGCUGAUCAUCUCUGAUCCACACACUGGCAACAAAUAGGAGAUAAUAAACAAAGAUAUGUGAUAGAACUGAAACAAAAGUACAAAAGAAAACCAAAGACCUGCUGCAGAUCAUUAUGAGACCGGUCCAAUGGUGACCAGUGAAGGCAGUCAGAGCAUGGCUCUGUACAGAGUGAGCGAGUGGCACAGGAAGUGGUCCUGCUCCAUACACAGCAGCAGAUCCCUCAGCAUGACCCGAGUCACUCUCUGAACACCCUGUCUGGGCAGCAGGGUCACCUGACACACACAAUACAGGUACACUCAAUAUUAUGCAUUCUUAUGUCAGAAGUAAGCAGUACUCUUCAGUGAGCU